AUGAUUAAUAAAGUGUUGUUUUGGAACAUCCGAGGCCUUGGUACCUCGAGGAAACGUUUGAGGGGGCUGGUGCGAGAGCAGCAACCCAUUAUUCUGGUUAUUGCAGAACCGUUUAGGGAUGAUACUCAUUUGAGUUAUUGGAAGACAUUUCUAGAAUUUGAUGAGUGUCUGUCGAAUGCUAGUCAAGCAAGAAAGAUUUGGUGUUUUUGGAAGUUUGGUUUGAAGGUGGAUGUAAUGGGUGUUUCGGAUCAGCCUCUUACUUUGCUUAUUAAUUCAAGUUUAUUGAUCCCAUCGGUUUAUGCAAAGUGCCGAUUUUUAGAUCGAAGGUCUUUGUGGUCUGAUUUACUUGGAGUUAAUAAUUUGCAGUUUCCUCAUGUGAUUAUUGGGGAUUUUAAUGUCAUACAUAAUGAUAAUGAGAGAAGAGGGGGAAACCCAAGGAUGCUUAUUGCAAUGGAGGAUUUUUGUUCCUUUAUUGAUGAUGGCAGAUUUGUUGAGUUGCCUUUUUCAGGUAAUGGCUUUUCUUGGUGCAACGAACAAUUAGGUAUGGCGCAUUCAUGGGCUAGACUGGAUAGAGCUUUAUGUAAUUCCAAGUUUAAGGAUCUUUAUCUGUUGGCUAGAAUUCAGUAUCUUCCUAGGAGGACUUCAGAUCACUCCCCUAUGGUGGAGGUUAAUGGUAUGGGUUUGUGGAAGCUUGUCGCAAAAUUGAAGAGGUUAAAACUGGUUCUUAAAUCUUGGAACAAGGAUGUGUUUGGCUGGACAGGAAAGCAUAUUAAAGAAUUAGAAGCAAAAGUGGAGGAAGGUGAAUUUAGGCUACAAGAAUGUUACUCAGAGGAUGUUGAAGCAGACAUUUUAGCUAACAAGGUUGAGCUUGAUGUCUGGUUAAAAAGGGAAGAGUCUCGUAUUGCUCAACAAGUCAAACAAAAGUGGGUAUCACAUGGUGAGGUUUCAACUGCUUUCUUUAAAGCUUUGUAG